AUGGAUGAGCUCGAACAGAUUAUCUUGCCUCCUGAGACCGCACAACCGGAAGACCAGGAAGAAGCGGAUGGGCGCGAGAAUUAUUUCCAUCUAUACAAAUCCAAAAGCAGACAUUGUAUGGCGAACUGUAUCUGGCGCAUAAACGGCCUUUUCAUGCUUGCAUAUGAUGUUAUCACCAUGACAGUGGAACAAACGACUCAUGAAAUUCAAAGGGAGACCGGCGGCUUUCCCCACCUUUUCCCAUUUUCAAUUAUCCUAGGCCUCAUUUUUGUCAAUUCCGUCAAAUCCAUCAUGCCAAUUUCCAACCUUUGCACAAAACUUGAGAUGAUCAGUGAGCUACGAGGCUUCCAGAUUGGGCAGAAUCAUGAACUCGUCCUAGUAGAAAGACAGCUUCUCAAUCUUGACGCCAAAUUUGAUGUCGGGAAGGGCCCAGCAUCCAUGGCAUUGCCGAUUGAGCAAGUCUGA